AUGAAAAUAAGAAUAUUCUGGCAAUAUUCUGGCCCAAGAUUAGACCAUGUUCAUUUUAUUCUAUUUUGUUUGCUUUCUUUCUCUCACAGUCUGUUGGAUGACAUAGGAAAUACUGGAUAUCAACAGCAGGAGCAAGAGGAGCAGCAGGAAUUCUUGAACUCCCUGGAGACCAUUGUUCUCACCAUCUUCCUCUCCAUCAUUAUUAUCAUGACAGUGUUUGGCAAUCUUUUGGUUAUGGUGGCACUCUGCAAGGACAGGCACCUCAGAAAGAAAAAGACAAACUACUUCAUCGUGUCGCUGGCGUUUGCUGACUUGCUGGUCGCGCUGGUCGUGAUGCCUUUUGCUGCCAUCGAGCUUACCACCGGCCAGUGGCGCUACGGGGAGAUCUUCUGCUUGGUGCGAACAUCUCUGGACGUCUUACUGACCACCGCGUCCAUCCUGCACCUCUGCUGCAUUGCGCUGGACAGGUAUUACGCUAUCUGCUGCCAGCCGCUGGUCUACAGGCACAAGAUGACCCCGGUCAGGGUGGCCUUCAUGCUCAGCGGCUGCUGGAUUAUCCCCACAUUCAUCUCAUUCCUACCCAUCAUGCAAAGCUGGAAUGCCAUCGGGAUCGAAGACAUUAUCGCGGAGAGGCGAGCGUUGGCCGGAGGCUCCAACGACACCAGCUGCGUGUUCCUGGUCAACCGGCCGUACGCCCUGAUCUGCUCCGCCGUGGCCUUCUACGUCCCGCUGGCCCUCAUGGUCCUGGCCUACCGCCGGAUCUACGUCACCGCCAUGACCCACGUCCGGCAGAUCGAGACGCUCCAGCGCGCCGGCUCGGCCCCCGUCGCCGGCACCGACCCGGUGGUCAUCCUGAGGUCCUCCACCUCCUCGGACCCGCUGGAGCAUUACCGUCUCAGGACCACCACGGGCUCCUCCUCCUCAGAGCACGCUCCCGCGGGCAACAGCCGCAUGCGCAUCGAGACCAAGGCCGCGAAGACCCUGGCCAUCAUCAUGGGCUGCUUCUGCCUGUGCUGGGCGCCGUUUUUCAUCACCAACGUGGUGGACCCUUUCAUCCACUAUUCGGUGCCCUGGCAGCUGUGGACAGCCUGGCUGUGGCUGGGGUACAUCAACUCAGGGCUGAACCCCUUCCUGUACGCCUUCCUGAACCGCGCUUUUCGGCGGGCGUUCCUGGUGAUCCUCUGCUGCGGGGACGAGCGCUACGCGCGGCAGGGCAGCUGCUCCUACGGACACACCCAGAGAGUGUGCUCAGCCGCCUCCGUCAACGGGACCUCCAUCGCACUGAGGUAA